AUGAACGUUUCUUUACGUCGCGCAGGUGGUAUUCAAGGCCAGUAUUCAGAUCUUCUGAGUCUUUUUGAGUAUGGUGGAUGGCCCUCUCACUCCAACUAUCUGUUUUUAGGGGAUUAUGCAGAUCAUGGGAAGCAAAGGCUAGAAACAAUAUGCCUUCUCCUUGCAUAUAAAAUAAAGUAUCCUCAGCAUUUUUUCCUUCUGAGGGGUAACCAUGAAUGUGCUUCAAUAAACAGAAUAUAUGGCUUUUAUGAUGAGUGUAAACAAAGAUUCAAUGUCAGACUUUGGAAAGAGUUUACAGAUUGUUUCAACUGCCUUCCCGUGGCAGCUCUCCUUGAAGACAAAAUACUCUGCAUGCAUGGUGGACUAUCACCCGAGUUAAACAAUUUAAAUCAGAUCAACACUUUAAAGCGACCUACUGAUGUCCCAGAUAGUGGUUUGCUAUGUGAUCUCAUGUGGUCCGAUCCUAGCAAAGACAUUGAAGGUUGGGGACCAAAUGAUAGGGGAAUUUCCUUUACCUUCGGUGCUGAUAGGGUAACAGAGUUUCUUCAGAAGCACGAUCUAGAUUUGAUUUGUCGAGCUCAACAUGUUGUCAAAGAUGGAUAUGAGUUCUUUUUGGACACGAAACUCUUGACAAUAUUUUCGGCACCAAAUUACUGUGGUGAGUUUGACAAUGCUGGGGCAAUGACGAGUGUCGAUGAGUCUCUCAAGCGCUCUUUCCAGAUAUGA